AUGCGGGAAGACCGGCUGGAUACAAAUAUCAUUCUCGUCAGUGCGGCAAUCAACGCUUGUUCUCAUGCCGGGUGCUGGGAGCAGGCCGUGCAGCUUUUGGCCGGUCUGGGGGAAGACCGGCUGGAUGCAAACAUCAUUCUCGUCAGCGCUGCAGUCAGUGCCUGCGAGAAAGGCGGGGCCUGGCAGACCGCUCUGCAAUUACUCGGGGACCUCACUCACAGCCGCAUCGAUUCUGAUGUCAUCAUCAUAAACGCUGCAAUCAGUGCCUGUGAGAAGGGCGAGCAGUGGACUCAGGCGCUGUCGCUCUUGGCUGGCCUGCACACGGCCCAGCUUGAACCAGAUGUGAUCUCCUACAAUGCCGCAAUCAGUGCUUGUGGGAGAUGUGAGAAAUGGUGUUUGGCUGUCGGGCUACUCUGCGACCUUCGAGAAUGCCGUCUGCAGGCAAGCACCAUCACCUGCAACGCCGUCAUCAGUGCUUGUGGGCAAAGCCAGGAAUGGCAGCGGGCGAUGAACUUCUUGCAGGAUGUGGAGGAGCAGAGGUUGGAAGCCAGCACUGUGACCAUGAGUGCUGCCAUCUCUGCUUGCGAAGCAGGUGGACAGUGGAGGAUUGCUUUGCAGCUUCUCGAAGAUACGACCAGCUCCAGGCUUGAAGCCAACAUCGUCGCCUACAAUGCAGCCGUGAGCGCUUGUGGCAUAGCUGGGCAGUGGGAACAAUCCUUGGCUUUUCUCGACCUCCUUCCACAGCGCUCCCUGCAGCCAGAUAUCUACACCUACUCGGCCGCCAUCAGUGCCCUGAGUGAUGGCGAGCAGUGGGAUCCACAAUGGGAGCAG